AUGGCUGAAGAUCGCGUCAAAAGGAGAAAGCUGAGCCACGACGGUGGAGAGAAGAUCAAAAGAGUGAAGAGCGCGACAUCAGCGACAAGAGAUGUAAGCGACAGCAAGAAGAAGAAGCAGAGAAGGCCGGUGGAAGAGGCGGAGGAAGAGGAGGAAGAGGAGCAAGAGGAAAAGGUCGCACAGGCAGAGGCGGAAGGCGAAGGAGAAGGGAAAGGAGAAGAGGAGGGAGAAGAAGAGGGAGAUGGAGAAGAGAAAAGGCCGAAGACAUUUGCAGAACUGGGAGUGCGCGAAGAACUAUGCGACGCUUGUAUAUCUCUCGGCUACAAAACACCCACUGCCAUUCAACGGGAAUCCAUACCCAUCGCACUGCAAGGGAAAGAUGUGAUUGGGUUGGCAGAGACGGGAUCGGGAAAAACUGCUGCGUUCGCCCUCCCCAUCCUCCAGGCUCUUCUGGAAAAGCAGGACCACUACUUUGGCCUCGUCCUAGCACCCACACGAGAGCUGGCCUACCAAAUAUCCCAGCAGUUCGAGGCACUCGGAAGUCUCAUCAACGUCAAAUGUGCCGUCAUUGUGGGAGGCAUGGACAUGACGCCGCAACAGAUUGCACUUGCCAAGAAGCCACACAUUAUCGUCGCCACACCCGGCCGGCUCAUGGAUCACCUCGAGAACACGAAGGGCUUCUCGCUCCGCAAACUGAAGUACCUGGUCAUGGACGAAGCCGACCGACUUCUCGAUCUCGACUUUGGGCCCAUUCUCGACAAAAUUCUCCAGGUGCUCCCACGAGAACGCCGCACCAUGCUCUUCUCGGCCACCAUGUCGACCAAGCUGGACAACCUCACACGUGCAGCGCUCCAAUCUCCGGUGCGGGUAUCCAUAUCCAGCUCCAGCUAUCAAACCGUCAAGAACCUGAAACAGAGCUACAUCUUCAUUCCCCACAAGUUCAAGGACAUCUACCUCGUCUACCUCGUGAACGAAUUCGCGGGGCAGACGUGCAUCAUCUUCACUCGAACCAUCAACGAAACGGCCCGAAUUGCCUUCCUCCUCCGCGCUCUCGGUCGCAGUGCCAUUCCUCUGCACGGCCAACUCAAUCAGUCGGCGCGUCUCGGGGCUCUGAACAAGUUCCGUGGGGGUUCACGAGAUAUCCUUGUCGCCACCGACGUCGCCGCCCGCGGUCUCGACAUUCCCUCGGUGGAUCUUGUGCUCAAUUACGACUUACCACCCGACAGCAAAACAUAUGUGCAUCGCGUGGGACGCACGGCUCGCGCAGGAAAAGCGGGAGUGGCCAUCUCCAUCGUGACACAGUAUGAUGUGGAAGUAUAUCAGAGGAUUGAGAAGGCAUUAGGCAAGAAAUUGGCGGAAUUUGGCACGGAGAAGGACGAAGUCAUGGUGUUUGCGCAGAGGGUGCAAGAAGCGCAGAGGGUGGCGGUGCAGGAAAUGAAGAAUGAGCAUGAGAAGAGAGGGAACAAAAAGGGGCAGGGCAUUUCGGGCGGCCGAGGCAAAGGUGGAGGGGGGAAGAGGGAUCGGGAUGGGAUGGAUGCUGAAGAGGGUUGAUGUCUCUGUCAAAACUCAGUGGAGGAUGUACAGGACUACUUAUUUUCUUUUAGCCAAAACAGAGCAUUCACAACGCAUGCCUCGUGGGCAUCUUCAACUAUUCUCUCGAGAUACGAACAAUACCAUGUUAAUCUCUCGGUUUUGGUAUUCAAGGCAGCGAGAGUGACACAGUGAGAAUGUCUACGGUAGACUAUAUCCACGUUUGCGACAGUACAUGGGAACUCCGACUAUUCUCUUCCAUUGACCUCGGCCUCACGCACUGCUCCCAGAGGCGGUAGCAAGAACAUCCUCGCUGAAGCAGUCAGCACAAGAACAUGCACUCACUGUAGGUCGUCUGUCUCCAUCAUCAAACACGUCCACCACCUCUCACCUAGACAACACACACUGGCACCGGCGCCGGCAUGGCAGGUCCCGUGCGGCAGCCCAUUGACGAGGCAGCAUUAGAGCGAUACUUGAACACACACGUGCCCGAGAUCCAGACUCCCAUUGACCUCCAGCAGGUAUGGCUCGUUGUCGACGGAUGAGGAGUGACAGGAGAAGGAGGAAACACAACGCUCACCGGAUCACACACAGUUCGGCUUUGGCCAAUCGAACCCGACCUAUCUCAUCACCGCCGCCGACCGCAAACGAUAUGUGCUUCGCAAGAAGCCCCCGGGCACCAUCUUGAGCAAGACGGCACAUCGCGUCGAUCGCGAAUACAAAGUCAUUGCCGCCCUGCAAAACACCGAUGUCCCCGUACCGAAGACGUACGCGCUCUGCGAAGAUGACAGCGUCAUUGGCACGCCCUUUUAUGUGAUGAGCUUCCUCGACGGACGAUUUUUCAAGAAUGCAGCCAUAGAGGGCGUGAGUGGAGAAGAGAGAAGGGAGAUGUGGCGCGAUGCGGUGCGGACACUGGCCAAAUUGCAUCGUCUCCAACCGCGAGACAUUGGACUCGAGAACUUGGGCAAACCCCACGGCUUCUACAACAGACAAAUCCGCACAUUCCAGACGCUAGCGCAGUCUCAAGCAGCAGCCCAAGACGUCGACUCGGGCAAAGCAGUCGGCCAACUCCCUCACUUUUCCUCCUUUAUCGACUUCUUCAGCCGCGAAUCCACGCAACCCGUGGAUCGCGCCGUGCUCUUCCACGGAGACUUCAAAAUCGACAAUCUCGUCUUCCACCCGACUUUGCCGCGCGUCAUUGGCAUUCUCGACUGGGAAAUGGUCACCAUCGGCCACCCUCUCGCCGAUCUCACCAACCUCCUCUCCGCCUGGACCAUUUCCAACGCCACGCCUUCCUGGCCGCGCAAACACGCCGAUCCCGCUUUUCUGGCCCCUUCUCACCCUCUCAGCACGAGGAGCACCGCCGACUGGCCCGGUCUGCCCACGUAUGCCGAAUGCAUUACCUGGUAUCGACGGGAUUCCGGGUGGGAGAUUUCUCCACGAGAUCUCGCGUGGGCGACGGCAUUUGCGCUGUUUCGCGAUGCGAUUAUUUUUCAGGGCAUUGCUGCGCGGUAUGCUACUCGGCAGGCGAGUUCGGCUUCGGCGCAGGAAUAUGCGGAUGAGAGGGGACCGUUUGCCGAGAUGGCGUUUGUGAAAAUGGAGGAGGCGAAGGUGAGUAGUGGUGGUAGUGGCAAUCAGGCGAAACUGUAGAUUUUUUUUUUCUUUUUUUCUUCGUCGCUAUCGGCUCGUAUAAUCAAUCAGUUUUCUAGAACCAAAAUAAUACAACCGACAUAACGC